AACAACAUAUACAAGGUUAUCAAGGUAAAGUUUAGAUAUGUAACGGGCCAAUUUAAUUUCUGGUAGCGGUAGCCGGCCCAGUCCGCAUUUAGGGAGGGAAUAAGGCUCACCUUGGUCCCUAUACCUUGUUACAUCAAUAUCCACACAUAACAGGUUGCUUGUUAACAAGCAAUGUGAGAGUGUGAUCUGAGAAUCAGUGUAUGUACUAAGAGGAUGUUCGCGAUCAGGUAAAUGGCAGUAGCGGUAAUUCGUAGAAGUAAGCAUAGCAGUAGGGGCCCAACAUGUGAGUGGCUGUUAUACGGUCAGUCAGUCGGUCAUCGUCUUUCGUUCGUAUUCUAUGAAGAUUCUCGAGAAGCACGUAAGUACUACUUGCUUCGGUGAUGAUCGAAGAUGAUCGUUAGAUACUUCUCGAUCGUUUCGCUACAACUGGCCACCCUGGUCAGCCUCACGUUCGCGUCAGAACUGCGAUGGAGUGUAUUGUCGAGUGGCAUUUGCACUAUGAUCAUCUUUCCGUUGAACACGCAUCAAUGGUCCUUGCUGGGUUUGAAUCUUUGGCCGAUCCAAACCAUUGAGGAACCUUCGAAUGGAUUCGAUUUGAACAGUAAUCCAAUCUCGAGGGGUAAGGUGACCGCUUCGAUGAUAUUUUCAGCUACUUUUAGAGAGAUUGUGUUUGCUACGGGACCUUGUUUUGUUUCUACUACGCUGGGAGCUAGAGUGGACCUAGCUCGACAAAAGUGUGAAUGUUGGCCCUCUCACCAUUUUAAGACAAAUUUCUAUGGGACCUGGCCUAUCUUGUCAGCAAAAAGUCUUAUCACGGCAACCUGCGAUCAGGAGGUACAAAAUAAUCUGACCUACGUGACCAGCCCGGGUUUCCCCAACCUCAUUGACUGGCCCAUGAACUGUUCAGUGGUCGUACGGAAGAUCGAUAGGCAGGUCAGCCAACUCAGGAUCGAUUUCGUCCACUUCAACAUAGGUCAACCCAACCCCAGAACGGGUGUAUGUGACGAAGAUAUCAUGGAAAUCAGAAAUGGUAAGAGCGUGUUUCAACUGUGCGGCUGGAACAGCGGUCAGCAUUUGUACAUAGACGUGGAUGAGAACAACCAGUCCUUAACGUUAGACUUCCAGUUACCCAGGAGGAUCCAACCACGAAUGUGGGAGAUAAGGAUCGUCCAGUUGGCGUUCGAGCAACGUGCACCCACAGGAUGCCUGCAGUACUUCCAGUCCCCUAAUGGCACCUUAAAGACCCUUAACUUUUUGCUCAAUGGCAGAUUUUUGGCCAAUCAGGAUUAUUUGAUGUGUAUUCGCCAAGAAAGAGGAAUGUGUGGAAUAGCUUAUAUGCCUUGUUCCUCAGAUUCAUUUCGAAUUGGACCCCCUAGGAUGCAAAAUAUGAUAAAUAACACUAAUGUUAAUGCAUCGUCUAUUGAGGGGAAUUCGAACAUGAUGAAUUCGACAAUGCAAAAUGCUACCAAUAUGAUUUCCAUGAAUAAUACGGAUUCGGAUAUCGAAGGGUCAGGGAUAAAUCCUAUGGACGAUGAUGGUAUUUCCGGAAAUGCGACCAGCAUGGGACAGGAAAGUGCUCCCAGUAGUGGGAUCAUGGGUCAAGAACGGUGCAGGAAUAGGGUGCUCAUUCCUUGUGAUUUUGAGGAGUUUAUCACGCCUGGAAACAACGAAGCUGGGAUUUGUAAUCUUGAACACUGUGGUAAUUCUCUGUGUGAUCGAAACGAGCUGGACGAAGAAGGUAAUUGUCGAGUAGAGACUUGGGCAACGCCCUUUCGCAUAAGGGUGGCUUUUGGUCCUGGACAGUACACAGGAACUACACUCGAGGACAAUAUUGGCAUGUGCCUCAUGUACGAACAGCUACCCUGUGUCGCUUGAACAAUCUUAUAGUGAUAAAUGAUUGCAGAUGAUGUGGGGAGGGGGAGGGGGAGGGGAUGAAACUUGAAGAGUACCAAGUUUAUACGGGUUACCCAAAGAUUGAUCUUCUAAACGAGGGUCUUUCGAUAAAUAACAUCUUGUUUUAUGUAAUUUUGCACUAUUUUUUAUUAGAUUAAUUUAUCUCUUUUUAACAAAUUGAACAAGUUCCAUUCUUUGGUACUCAAUAUUAUUAAAAUUUCUUUUAAUAACAAAAGGAAAGAAAAUAUUAUUACUGCGACGAACAAAAUAAGAAAUUAUUUUCUCUGUUUAUAUUAAUUAAUGUUCGUUACCUCUGAGAAUCAAACGUACAAAGUUAUUAAACUCAAAUUACCUUUAUAUGUAAAAGAUUCAGGUUAUUUCCAAAUGGAAUCUCUGGUCUAAUUACAGAAGCAAAUAGUUUGUAGCUUUUUGCUGAAAUAACCAAUUAAAAUGUUGCUUCUUCCAUCGAAUCUCCAUCCUCGCUUGUUUCCCUCGUUUCCUUUAUUUAUUUAAAAUGAAGGAAAGUGAAGUUAUUUAAAAGGAUUGUGCAGGUACAAUAUUAAAUAGCAUCAGGGUAUCCUAUAAAUUAAUGAAAACUAAAACACAAUCAUGUCAAAGAGUUAAAUAGUCUUUAUUUACAAACGAACUAGCUUAUAUCGCAAACGCAGCGCGCAACUCUCGAUACAAUAAUAGAUAAUAUAUCGCUUCUUUAUUUUUCUCUGCUUCGGUUUUCUCGAUUAUUCGUCAUCACCAUCGACCACGAUACUCUACAGUUCUCUUUAAUUUCAAAUAAAAAUGUUUCUUCACGAAAGAACUGCAUUGAAUAGAGAUGACGAUGAUGACGAAAAUCGCAGCGAUAACGAUAACGAUAAUGAUGUUACAAGAAUAAAUUACAAUGCUAUUAAUACAAUAAUGAAGGUGACGUCACCCCGGAAUUUCGAAAGAAACACUCUCCGAUCAGAACACGGCGUGACGUUACGAGCUCCUUAUCAUCAUCAUCAUCAUCAUCAUCAUCAUCAUCAUCAUCAUCAUCAUCCACACCAUUCUCUCCUUCCGUCGUCGUUUUUCAUCUCUUCGAGCGUAAUAACCGUAAUAAUAAGUAAUAAU